CUACCCUCUCCUCCUAUUGGUUGCUAGUAGUUACGUCAUAAGGACGCGACUUUCACACGGCCACACUACCAGUGUUUGACGCCAGAAAACAUUCUUAAAUACACGUCAUUAUCAUGGCAACAGAAGGGGUAGAAAAGCCAAGUGAUGAUCCAUUGCAACCAGGUAAAGUUGGCACCAGAUAUGACCUGGAGAAGGAGACUGAACUUCGUUUUGAGGUGGAGGCCGGGGAGGCUGCAGAGCAGGUUGAGUUGGAACUCCUCACAGGAAUGGCAGAAGUGUUUGGCUCGGAAUUGAACCGAAACAAGAAGUACACUUUUGGAGCUGGUGCCAAGAUUGCAGUAUUCACGUGGCAAGGCUGCAGUGUGAACCUAUACGGGAAGCCAGAGGUGGCUUAUGUGUCCAAAGAUACUCCAAUGCUGCUCUACCUGAACACUCAUGCUGCGCUGGAACAGAUGAGAAAACAGGCAGAGCGGGACAAUGAAAGAGGGCCAAGGGUGAUGGUGGUUGGACCUACAGACGUGGGCAAGUCGACGGUGUGUCGACUCUUACUGAGCUACGCUGUGAGAGUGGGCAGGAGGCCCACGCUGGUGGAACUGGAUGUCGGCCAGAGCGGGGUGUCAGUCCCAGGGACAGUGUCGGCUCUGUGCAUCGAACGUCCAGCAGAUGUGGAGGAAGGCUUCUCAGUCCAGGCUCCCUUGGUCUACCACUUUGGAUCCACUUCUCCAGGGACCAACAUCAAACUUUACAAUAAGUUGACAUCCUGUCUAGCUGAGGUCUUUUCGCAGCGCUGUGAAGUGAACAGGAAGGCGAGCGUGGGUGGCUGUAUCAUCAACACAUGUGGCUGGGUGAAGGGUUCUGGAUACCAGGCUUUGGUCCACUGUGCCUCCGCCUUCGAGGUAGACGUGGUGCUGGUGCUGGACCACGAGAGGCUGUACAACGAACUAAAACGAGAUCUUCCUCAUUUUGUCCGCGUCGUGCUCCUGCCCAAGUCGGGGGGAGUGGUGGAGCGCUCCAAAGAGUGCCGACGCGACGUUCGGGAUGAGAAAAUCCGGGAAUACUUCUACGGCUUCCGCGGAGUGUCCUUCUACCCUUUCUCAUACGAAGUGCGUUUCUCUGAUGUCCGCAUCUAUAAAAUUGGGGCACCUUCCAUCCCGGACUCAUGCCUGCCCUUGGGAAUGUCUCAGGAUGACACUCAACUGAAGCUGGUUCCCGUGACACCAGGAAGAGAUCUCACCUAUCACGUGCUAAGUGUUAGCAGUGCAGAGGAUGGAGAGGAGGGGGCAAAAAAAGGAAUUGUGGAGUGUCCUGUGUGCGGCUUUAUUGUAGUGACCAAUGUAGACACACAAGCACAGGUGAUGAAAGUGUUGUCCCCGGCACCCAGACCACUGCCCAGGCACACACUGCUCAUCAUGGACAUACGUUUCAUGGACACCAAAUAAGGUGACGUGGCCUUGUUUAUUUUGCUUUGUUGGUCCUGAUGACCCCAAAUAAUGGCAUGCUUAAAGAACUGACUCUGUAGUGUCUGUUUUAUAAGCCAGAUUGUAUUGUGCUAUUUUUGAUAAGUAAUAUUUUAUAGACUGUCGUCAGUUAUUUUUUAUUGUCUCAUUACAAAUACAAACCUUAUUUGUCUUAUCACAAAUUAUUCGUUAAGAAUAAAAAUGUGUAUCAUGCA